UUUUGAAGGAGUUCCGUGCGCACAUGUUUCUAAUUAAGCUUCUGCGUUUUUUUUUCUUCGCUUUUUACGAACCUGCAACAAAACAAAAUAAUGAAGGUUUUAGCUAGCUGAUCUUUUUAUGCGAAUUAAACGAAGAACCAGCGAGAAAAACAACAACAGAGAAAUGUUUUGUUGUUUAAAAAUAUUUCCAUUUCCGCUGCAGGUCUGUCUGGGUGUGUGUCAGCAGGAUGUCACAGAAGAAAGAAAAAGAGCCAAACUGAGGAGCUCCAAAAUUGAAAAUGAUCUUCGUGAACAAGCUGAAGCGGAGAGGAGCGUGAUUAAAAUCCUCAUGCUUGGAGUUGCAGAGAGCGGGAAGAGUACAAUAAUCAAACAGAUAAAGAUAAUACACAGUCGUGGCUUCUCCAAACCAGAGCUCAUCAGCUUCAAGCCUGCAGUGUUGGACAACCUUUUGACAUCCAUGAAGAUUGUUCUGCACGGAAUGGGCAAGCUGCAGAUCAACCUCACAAACCAGAACAACAAGGAGCACGCUCGUUCCGUUCUGUCCUGCGGCCAGUGUUUGGGAGACGACCAGGAGCUGCUUCCUCCUGUGGGGCGGGCCCUCUGUGCACUUUGGGCCGACCAGGCCGUGCGCGCCGCCGCAGCCAGAGGCUACGAGUACGAGCUGAACGACUCUGCCCUCUAUUUCUUUGCGAACAUAAAUCGAAUCAUCGCUCCGAACUACGUUCCCACUGAGGCAGAUGUUCUGAGAGUCAGAGUGAGGACGUGUGGAAUCAUCGAGACGCAGUUUCAAGUUAAUGAAACCAUCUUUCGGUUGUACGAUGUUGGCGGCCAGCGCAGUGAGAGGAGGAAGUGGCUGAGCUGCUUCGAUUGUAUUCAUGCCGUGUUGUUUGUCGUGGCCCUCAGCAGCUACGACACGAGGCUGUCAGAGGAUCAGGACGUGAACCGCCUGCAGGAAAGUCUUGAACUUUUUUCUUCUCUCUGCACAAACGUGAUCUUCCAGAGAACCUCUGUGAUUUUAUUCAUGAAUAAAACAGAUCUUUUUCGUGAGAAGAUUCUACGUUCUGGGAGGCACUUGAGAUUUUACUUUCCUUGCUAUGAAGGAGCAGAUGAUGACGUGGACGCUGCAGCCUACCACAUCACUGCCAUGUUCCUGGUGUGUAACAGUGUUCUGGACAGGCCCGUGUACCACCACUUCACCACGGCUACACACACUGCAGGCAUGAAGGUGGUCUUCCACAUGCUCAUCCAACAGAUUAUCAAGGAGAACCUGGCAUCUGUCCGGCUGUUGUAGCUCUACCAGAUUCUGAUUAGAUUAUCAUGUCUGUUUUUUUUAAUAUUUUUAUUCUAAUUUAUUUUCAGUUACUUAUUUAUUGGUACAGUUGUUUAAGCUCUGUGUUUUUACAUUUUAAAAUGUUUUAAUAAAGUCUUUGGUAAAGCUGAA